UUUCACAUUCGCAAGCCCAAUUCCCAAUUCCAUCCCAACAAAACCAAACGCCGCAUGAUCAAGAGCCAUCUGGGUUUUGGGUCAAGGCCUUCUUCAGCUUUAAUUUAUCUCACUGAAACGUUCGCUCGAUGCAGGUUUGAAAGGCUCGCAUAGAGUUAGGAUUUAGGAGAUGGACUUUACAUUGCCAAUUGUGAAUGCCACAACAGCGGUGAUUGAUCGUGUCUCAGCUGCAUUCAACACACCUGUUGCCUGUGCAGUCGUCUUCGGGGUUCAUAUCGAUGGUUACUUGGUUGCGGGAGGACUACUUAUUGCGUUCAUUGUGUUUCAGCUUUCCAGAAAGAGCUACAAACCUCCAAAGAAGCCACUUUGCGAGAAGGAAGUUGAUGAGCUAUGUGAUGAAUGGCAACCAGAACCUUUAUGUCCUCCAAUCAAAGAGGGUCCCCAAAUUGACACACCAAUCUUGGAAAGUGCUGCUGGACCACAUACGACCAUUGAUGGGAAGGAAGUUGUGAACUUUGCAUCAGCAAACUACCUUGGUUUAAUUGGCAACGAGAAAAUUACUGAUUCCUGUGUUGGUGCGUUGAAAAAAUAUGGCGUUGGAUCAUGCGGUCCACGUGGCUUUUAUGGAACAAUUGAUGUCCACCUUGACUGCGAGGCAAAAAUAGCUAACUUCCUGGGAACCCCAGACUCCAUUUUGUAUUCAUAUGGGAUAUCUACAAUAUUCAGUGUGAUACCUGCUUUUUGUAAGAAAGGAGAUAUCAUAGUGGCUGAUGAGGGUGUUCACUGGGCAGUGCAAAAUGGACUCUAUCUCUCCAGAAGUACUGUUGUUUAUUUCGAGCAUAAUGAUAUGGCAUCCCUCGCUCACACUUUGGAAAAAAUUACUUGUGGAAAUAAACGUAGUGAGAAGAUUAGACGCUACAUUGUUGUGGAAUCUAUCUACCAGAAUUCUGGUCACAUUGUCCCCUUGGAUGAGAUAAUCAAGCUGAGGGACAAAUAUAGGUUCCGUGUUAUUCUGGAGGAGAGCCAUUCGUUUGGUGUGCUUGGCAAGUCUGGAAGGGGCCUUGCUGAACAUUAUGGGGUUCCAAUUGACAAAAUUGAUAUCAUCACUGCUGCAAUGGGAAAUGCAUUAGCUAGUGACGGUGGCUUCUGCACAGGAAGCGCCAGAGUUGUUGAUCAUCAGCGUCUAAGCAGCGCUGGCUAUGUCUUCUCUGCCUCUUUGCCGCCCUAUCUUGCCAGUGCUGCAAUUUCUGCUGUCAACUACCUGGAAGAGAAUCCUUCAGUUCUGACCAAACUAAGGAGCAAUGUUGCUCUUCUGCAUAAAGGACUGUCAGGUACACCGGGGCUUCAGAUUUCUAGCCAUGUUCUGUCACCUAUUGUCUUCCUCAAGCUGAAUAAAUCGACAGGUUCUCUGGCCACUGACCUAGAUCUUCUUGAAACCAUUGCCGGGCAGGCUUUGAAGGAAGAUUCAGUUUUCGUGGUCCCAUCCAAAAGGUCAACUUUGGACAGGUGCAAGCUCCCGGUUGGGAUCCGCCUGUUCGUAUCAGCUGGUCACACGGAAUCAGACAUCUCCAAAGUGUGUUCAUCCUUGAAGAAGGUUUCUGCGUCGGUCCUUUCAAACCACAAUUGAUUCCACGUUCCUUGAAAGACGAGAAGAGACGUUGGUCGUUUUCGACGCCCUGUGUACGGUAGCCUGAUUGUGGUUGGUAUAUGUACAUAACAAUUAUGUACAUGUGGACUAUGUUGCUGCUUAAACUUCAGGUUCAGCAGGGUUUUAGGUGUUGAAAAGUUCAGUUUCGACAGUAGCUGUUUUUCUUCAGUUUCGUCAGUUAAAUAACCGAGCUGCGCCUCGGCCGUAGCUAGCUAGUUGUGCGGCGCCCUGACCCGAUCGUGGGAUGGCACGACUAAACGGUCAUGGCGCCAU